UUCAAACGCAAAUAAACAUGGCGGACAACUACACUUGCUUGAGUGUUUCUAUACUAACUAUUGGCCUUUUGACGGCGUUUUAUCUACCAAGUGCAAAUGCAGCGCUGGCUGUCAUGUCACUUGUUGUCGUGCUGGUCUGCGUGUCACAUGUUUUAGGAAAAUUGCGGAGACGUGACGGUCAAACUGAGCGGCGGGUGUGUGUGCUGGUGUUGGGGGACAUCGGCCGCAGCCCUCGGAUGCAGUAUCACGCCUUGUCUCUCAGCAAACACGGCUACAGCGUCGUUUUUGUUGGCUUUUUAGACAGCAAACCUCAUCAAGGCAUACUCCAGGAUGAGAGAAUAAGGAUAGUGCCCAUUGCAGAAGUGAAAGGCGUGCAAGUGGGACUGAAGAUCCUAACAUACAUGACCAAAGUGAUUCUGCAGUCUCUGCAGCUGCUCCAUGUGCUGCUGAAGAUGGAGUUACAGUCUCAUAUUCUUAUGCAGAAUCCCCCAGGGUUACCUAGCAUUGCAGUGGCCUGUCUUGUGUGUGGUCUGCGUGGCACCAGAGUUAUCAUAGACUGGCACAACUAUGGCUACACCAUCAUGGCCCUGUCCCAUGGAGCAGGACACCCUGUUGUCCGACUGGCAAAGUGGUAUGAACAUUUCUUCGGCCCUCUUGCCACUCACAACCUUUGUGUUACCAAAGCCAUGAAGGAUGACUUACAGAGGAACUGGGGCAUCAAGGCAACCACUCUGUAUGACAGACCAGCCUCUGUGUUCAGAGAAACUCCAGUGAGGCUGCAGCAUGAGCUGUUCAUGAGACUGGCCCGGACACAUCCUCAGUUCCUGCCCAGUGGGAAUGAUCCUUGUGAAGAUGAGGUGGAGAGAACAGCAUUCUCAGGUUUUAACCUUGCUGAUAAGGCUGUGACCUUGACCCCAGGCCGACCUGCCCUGCUGCUCAGCAGCACCAGCUGGACAGAAGAUGAAGAUUUCUCUAUCUUGCUCAAGGCUCUUGAAGAGUAUGAAGGCUUCAUCAAAGCAGGAACCUCCCUGCCAUCUCUGGUUUGUGUAAUCACAGGGAAGGGUCCUCAGAAGAAGUACUACAGGAAACUGAUAGACUCCCUCCAUUUUGAGUACGUGAAGAUCUGCACUCCCUGGCUGGAAGCUGAAGACUAUCCUGUCCUAUUAGGCUCAGCAGACCUCGGUGUUUGUCUCCACAAGUCCUCCAGUGGUCUGGAUCUGCCCAUGAAGGUGGUGGAUAUGUUUGGCUGUUGCCUGCCCGUCUGCGCUGUCCACUUCAGCUGCUUACAUGAGCUGGUGAAGCAUGAGGAGAAUGGGCUGAUCUUCAAAGACCCUCAGGAGCUGGCUGAGCAGCUCAGGGUGCUGCUGUCAGAGUUUCCCAAUGCAGACAGCAGACUGGCCAUGUUCAGGAGGAACCUCCAGGCCAACAGGGGGCUGUGCUGGGAUGACAACUGGGACCAGAACGUCCUGCCCCUGCUCACUUCUUCGACAUAGACAGUGAGCUUUUUCCAGUGUGUCAGUCAGUCUGACUUUAGUGGACAGUCACUGAAACAUCAAGAUGAUGCUGGACCAGCUUGUGGACGACUUUGGGGACCCUGAACACCGCCAUGAGAAGAUGGAACAGAUUGAAUGAUGACGCAAAAUGUCAAGGCUGCUACUGUGCAACAGGACAGCUAAUGUCACGAGAGUAGUGCGACUAGAAAGAGAGGGUCAAAAUAGCCCAGUCUGUUCAGUAUAAUUCAGCAUUAGGUUAGCAGAUUCUAAUAGCAAACACAUGACAUAGUGACAGAUUGAGAUGAGCUUGACAAACAGUCAUCAUUAUGUAGGAAGAAAGUCAUGUCUCCCUCCUGACACCUGAGAAACGUCAUGGUCACGCUACUGAAAUCAGGUAGUAUAGUGGAUUUUCAUGUGGACAUAGGUUGGGUAUCACCAGGUUACGAUACCAUACUAUCAAGAUAUUUUAGGCACGGUAAUGAAUGUAUCACGAUACAGGUGACUCUGCGAUAUGUUUAAAGAUAACCAGCUGUGACACCUGACUACCUAACUGAAGAAAACACUUAAUUGGAAAUUUAUUUUUAAAAUAUUGAUAUAGCACAAGUGGGGAGGAAGUUUCAUGAUAUAUUUGCAUUAAUGAUUUAUUGUUCCACCCCGAGGGGACAAGAGGGAAAAGGCUGUGCUGCAUUUGAGAGGUAUUGGACAUUUCGCUCAGGCCACAUCAGCAUUGCAGUAUAUUAUGCAGCAUUACUUUUAAUGUUUAUGAUUCUGAGCAGAUUUAACUUUCUCAGCUUUUUGUGAUUUUACAUCUGUCAAAACACCUAUGUGGUGAAUUGUUAAAGGGAUACUUCACCCAUACUGCAUGAUAUCUGUAUCAGUUACUCACUAUGUGCUGCCUUGAGUAGCUGAUGGAGAAGGUUUUACCCUGCAAGCCUUCAUCGCACAGUCAAAUUCUAAAAUAUGCUGGCCAUCUCUGAUCCAGUGGAAGAAAGGGUCCAUGCUCUCCAAUAAAGUUCAGUUUGAGAAGCUAAAGUAACGGUGUCCGCUCUCCAUUGUAUGCAGUCUUAUUUCCUAUUGGAUCAGAGAUGGAAUGCAAGUUUUGGAAUGCAAGUUUACCAUGAAGGCUUGUGAGUAAAGCUUUAUUUGUCAGGGAUUGAAGGCAGCACAUGAUGAGUUCGUCAUACAAAUAUCAUGACACAUGGGUGAAGUAUGUCAAAAUGUAAACUUGAAGUGAAAAUGUGCACUUAAAAUUGCAAAUAUCCUCAAAUUAUCCAGAAAUGAAAUGGUUCAAAAUCCUUCAGAUGUGAAGAAAAUGGAGUGCAUCAGUAAUACAGAGAUGAUGUAUAUAUAAAAAUCAUUGGUACCACUCUACCUGUACAAACCUAUUAAUUACUUCACAUCACUUUUGUAUGAAUGGGACUUUGACAAUGUACAUUUGUAAAUAAAAUCUUUAUUGUUCUA